AUGGGCGACACGUUCCUCUUCACCUCCGAGUCGGUCAACGAGGGCCACCCGGACAAGAUCUGCGACCAGGUGUCCGAUGCGAUCCUGGACGCGUGCCUCGCCCAGGACCCGCUCUCCAAGGUGGCGUGCGAGACGGCGACCAAGACGGGCAUGGUGAUGGUGUUCGGCGAGAUCACCACGCAGGCCAAGGUCGACUACGAGAAGGUCGUGCGCGACACCUGCCGCGAGAUCGGGUUCACGUCCGCCGAGGUGGGUCUGGACUGCGACAAGUGCAAGGUGCUGGUGCACAUCGAGGAGCAGUCGCCUGACAUUGGGCAGGGCGUGCACGGGAUGGGCACGAAGACGGCGGAGGAGAUCGGCGCGGGCGACCAGGGCCACAUGUUCGGCUACGCGACGGACGAGACGCCGGAGCUGAUGCCGCUGACGCACGUGCUGGCGACGCGGCUCGGGUACAAGCUGACGGAGGUGCGCAAGAACGGGACGUGCCCGUGGCUGCGGCCGGACGGGAAGACGCAGGUGACGGUGGAGUACAAGAAGGAGGGCGGCGUGUGCGUGCCGCUGCGCGUGCACACGGUGCUCAUCUCGACGCAGCACGACGAGGACGUGAGCAACGACAAGAUCCGCGCCGACAUCAUGGAGCACGUGAUCAAGCCGGUCGUGCCGGAGAAGUACCGCGACGACAAGACGAUCUACCACAUCAACCCGUCCGGGCGGUUCGUCAUCGGCGGCCCGCACGGCGACGCCGGCCUCACCGGCCGCAAGAUCAUCAUCGACACCUACGGCGGGUGGGGCGCGCACGGCGGCGGCGCCUUCUCGGGCAAGGACCCCACCAAGGUCGACCGCUCCGGCGCGUACAUCGCGCGCCAGGCGGCCAAGUCGGUCGUCGCGGCCAAGCUCGCGCGCCGCUGCCUCGUCCAGGUGUCGUACGCCAUCGGCGUGGCGGAGCCGCUGUCGGUGCACGUCGACACGUACGGCACCGCGCAGGGGAAGACGGACCAGGAGAUCCUCGCGAUGGUGAAGAAGGCGUUCGACUUCCGCCCGGGCAUGAUGGCCAAGGCCCUCGACCUGCUCAAGCCGCGGUACAAGAAGAGCGCCGCGUACGGGCACUUCGGGCGCGACGAGCCCGAGUUCACGUGGGAGAAGGUCGUGCCGCUGGCGUGA